CCACCACAAGAGUCUUGCUGCUAACACACUGCGAAAGUAUGUGUUACUAUGCAAGGGUAGACUACCGUUGCGGAGACUGGAAAUGGGGCAACAUGAAACAACGCUGUCCACGGCAGCACCGUAUGGGUGAGACUUGCGGCGCCAAACUUCUUGAUCAUGAGAGUCUGGUAAACGUGAAUGAGGAAAUAUUGCACGGUGGGAGCGUGAAGGCAACAGAUUCAGAGCCAGCAUCGAGAAGGCUCAGCGCGAAGCUAGCCAGCUUUCUGAGGCUAUUGAGGACUUGCGGCGAAAACGGACGUCGGUAAGGUUCACUCGUGACCGCUAUUAGUAUAUUUGGUGCGAAUAGCAACAGCUUGAUCGGCGGCUGCAGCAACCAUCAAGCAGGACGGGACAUCACCGGGUCGGGACCGUUGAACCGUGGCUGAGCUUGUUUCCAAAAGGUAGUCCGUUGUGCAAAAUGGUUGAAGAUGGUCCAGCUGGAGUCCGCAUGAUUGUUGAAUUAAUGCCAGAUUGUUUGCAACAUUGCUAAGCUGCAUCAACCGAAGCUUGUAGUCCUGUCUGUGCAACAGAUGACGACUUGGUGGGCGGCUCUGUUGGAGAUUGAAACCCGUCACAGAGUGAGAUCCUCGGUGACGCCGACAUCAAUGAUGGAA